UAGUAAUGUUUUUAAUUACGUAAUGCGAUGAUAUUUAGCAUCAAACUACACCGCUGCUUAACCCAAUUUCGAGAAAAAUGGAAAAUUCUCGAGUAAAACCAACACCAGGAGUUGAGGAAGCAUUAUUUUCAAUGCUAUGGACUCCAUAUCCUGACAAUUCAUCAGAAUCAUCGUCUUCUGAUGAAUCCGAAACAUUUAAACGCAAGAAAAGACCAUUAACGUGGGCAGUUAAUGACAAUCAUGAUAAUUGCGGUGUACGUCCAUAUUCAAUUAGUUCACGUCUAAGCUAUCCGACUUACUAUCCCUCAAGUUACUUCACAACAACAGAUCAUCAUCAUCAUCAUCACCUUAUUGUUCCGAGGGCAAUGCCACAAUCUUUUAUUGACAAUUUUUCACCACCUCAUUGGGAAGAAGAGAAUCGUCGACCUACAGUCAAUAGCAAUGAAAUCAAUCAUCAAACAAAUCAACAACAAUCUGGUUUUAUUAAUUUUUAUAAUAAUAAUAAUCUUUCAUCGAAAUCCAUGGUUCCAAUACCUUCAUCAAAUACCAGACGCGAACCGGUUUUUGUUGGAGGGGGCAGUUCAUUCUGCCCAAACUACCAGUUCAGUUGCGUGAGAGUUGUUGAUGAGAUUGGAUCAAAUGUGGGAGUUGCGCAAAGUGAUCACUAUAGUUUGAUCCAGGGGGAACAAAAAAAGCUAAAUAAAUUUAUUGUGGAAAGUACUUUAAGUGGAAUGCGUACUGUCAAUAUGACAACAACAACGACAAUUAUCACCAACAAUGAUGCAUUAAACAGUUGUCGCAAUAACACACAUAUUUAUGUGACGUCGUCUUCUUCAUCGAACACCUCAACACCUCGGGUAUUGUCAGAUGCAACAACCAUUAAAAGUUUAGAAAAGGUUGAUCCGGUUGAAGGAAGCUUAACGAUUCCCGUGAAUCAGCAAACAUCAAAUGUGAAUAUUGUAAAUUGCUAUAGAACUGUGCCUGUUCAAAUAGUGAAUGAAGAAGAAAAUGAUGACAAUAGUGUGAAGGAAAAUCCAAAUACUGUAAAAAGUAAAAAUUUAAAUAUAAAUAAUAAAUGUGAUAUAAUUGAAGUAGCGGAUGACGCAAAAGAAAAUAAAAAGUCAUCUAAGAAUACCAAAUUGUCAUCCAGUAUAAUAAAUAUAUCAGCUAAUGAGAACUUAAAUUCAAUAACAAGUGAUAAUAGUAAUGAUAAAAAGUAUAAUAAUACAAAGGGGCUAACUCCCUUUGACACAUGUAAUUUAGAUCAAAGCAUAUAUAUUUCUAGCAGUGAUCAAACAAAUAUCGCCAAUGUCGAUGCAAUAAAUUCCGUACAUGAUCCGAUAAAUGUGCAAGAAAAUGUAGUGUUAUCUCAUUCAGUUCCUUCGUCGCGUGAGCAAAGGCGUCGUGAACGUCGCGAGCGUCGCGCAGCCCGAAGUCGCAUGUCUCACAUCCAUGCAUUACAUGCACAAGAAGCAAUAAGUAAUCCAAAUAAUAUUACUGCAACUGCUCAGAUGCAUCAAAUUCCAUUGAGUCAUGCGAUAAUCGGAGCUAAUCAAGUACGUCCGUUAUCGGGAGGUAAUUUCCAAAUUGUGCCCGACUUAUUACACAGCCAUUUGCCACCACCGUAUACGACAUUGCCAGUGCAAGAAAAUUCAGCGACUCUUUUAACAACACCGGUACCAGUUCCUGUUAGUGCUGUGGAUAAUUGCAGAUACAGCUUUCCCUUACCAAUUAUAAGAAGGUCACCAUCUGAACGUUCAGGUAAAGGAUGCUGCACACAAUGGUUUGCAUUUGCGGGACCUCCAUUACGGGCACUAAUAGCUGUGGUUGCUCUUGGUGGAGUUGCGUGUGCUUUGGGAGGUGCUGCGUUAGGUGCCACAAGUCUUGCGGGUCCACCACAAUCACAUUUCACUGCAGCUUUAUUGAUGAUCGGUGUUGGAGUAAUAUUGGUAACAAUUAGUGGAGCAGCAUGGAAGAUGACAGCACCAGGUGGACCACCUUGUCUUAGUUUAGAAACCAGUGCAGACCUGGGACGCUGUAAUAGGAGAGCAUGUACAAGAUCCGGUGCAAAUGGACAUAUGAUUUAUCCUGAAUUUCAACAUAGAGCGCCCCCACCUUCAUAUCAAGCGAGUAUGCAGGAGUAUAGAUUAAGAUUACUCUUGUUAGAUAGAGAUAGACAGACAUCUGUGUUGAGAGUAGUGUCUCCUCCACCAACAUAUCGUUCAACGUCUGGUAGUUUAUUAAGGACAACAAUGGUGACGCAUAACAAUCAAUCUAGACAUCAGCCACCUUCUUCAUCAACUGCUAGUGGACGUUUAUUUGGUGGUAUCAGUGAGAUAAUAAAUGGUUUUAGUUAUAGUAUUAAUAAUAAAAAUAACAACCAAAACAAUAUUGAGAACAUAAGUAACAACUCCAGCGAAGCUACUCUUCCGCCAAGUUAUCGCACAAGAAAUAAUCAUCACACCACUGGAAGCCAUUUGCGACCCGUAUCGGCGUAUAAUAACGAUUCAAAUCACGAUUUCACAUUAACUGUGCAUAGCUCAUCGAUGGAUAAUUUAUCAGUAAACAUAACACCAUCAUUGUCCUUUCAGCAAUCGCCAUCUAAUUUUUUUACUGAAGAACAGCCAAAAACUGUAAAUAGUAGUUACAGCAGUAGUAGUUUAAACCAUAUAAAUAGUGAAACAACUAAUGAAAUAAAUAAAAUAAAAAUUAAUGAAAACUCGUUAAAUAAUGAUAAUAAUAGUAAUAAUGAUUUAGUUACCAUAGUUACCAUAUCAGGGCUUAUUGACGAAAGUGAAAAUAAAAAUAGUGUCAAUGAUUUGACUUCGCUAACAGUAGAAACAUCGUCGUCCAAAUUUGAUGCUUUAGUACAUUUAUAGCAAAAAUAACCUUUUACUCGAAUUGUUUCAUUUUUGUUUGCCAAAACUAAUUUUAUUACGAACUAAAAUUGCCAGUUACUAUUUAGACAUAAAUUUCUAGAAAUAAGUUUCUUCAGAAAAAUUCAGACAGAUAAAUUCAGAAUUUGUACAAAUCCACGCAAAAAA